GAAUAAGAGGUUUCAUUUAUUUUGCAAGGGCAAACAUGAAGGCAACACUGAUCAUUCUUUCAGUUUUUCUCUUUGUGGCUUUUUAUAAUGGAGCCGAGUCUGCACCAGCAGGAUAUACCCAAAGGAACACUGAGACUUUUAACAGGAGGAUUGAUGACUUUUCAAAGCCAACACAAAUUGGUUCAGAUGUCGUCUCCUGCUGUUUUGAUUACAUAAAGAAGCCAAUCCCACCCAAACACGUGGCUGAUUACUUCUACACCAGUAGCCGCUGCUCCCGAUUUGCAGUUGUCCUUGUCACCCGAAAGAAUCGAAAGAUAUGUGCAAAUCCAGAAGAUGAAUGGGUCAAUAACAUCAUUAAUGUCCUGGAGGUGCCUGAAACACAAUCAUAAGAGUGCAGUUUGCUCAAUAUUACCAUCCUCUGUAUAAUACAAUGCAAAUUUAUAACCAGCAGUCCUUUAUCUUAAACUGUCCUGCUUUUUAUUGAUAAUUGCAUUAAGAAAAUAAAUUUUGUUAUGUAGGA